UUUAAUUCAAACACGAUCACAACGAAGUCAUCUGAAUUAUUGGUGUAUUUACACCUGAAGCAACAUAUAAGAAGUUUAUAUAGAGUUCUAGUUGUAUACUUGUAUUGUUCCAUUGUAUUUAAGGGUUUGCCAGGAAGAUGAGUAGGCAACCUGCGUGAAAACACUUGCUACUUUCAUUUCUCAAAACUAAGACAGCUAAUGAUUUCAUCAAAUCUUAUCAUCUCCCCCCAACAAAUCCACUCCCCAAUCCCCAAAAUUAAAGAAAAAAUAAAAUAAAAACCUAUAUUUUAUUUUUACUUUUUAAACAAACAAAAAGAUUCUAUAUAAUCCCUUGUAACAACCCACCUUCCAAUAAAAAAUAAAACAACCAAUCAUAACUCAACACGUGGGCAAUGAAUUCCGUUAAUUCAGUUACGUGCCCUUUUUCUUAAGCAGCGUAACGCUUACGCAUCCUCUCUGUUUAUUUACUCUCAUUCCAAUUCCAAACAUCCCCCCUUCGCCGCGCCAUUACCAAAGAUUUGAUCAAAUAUACAUAGUAAAGUUGAUGAAUUCAAGAAGUGGUUCAAGAUCAAUUGUUUCCCACAAGCAGGGAAACAAGAACAGUUGCUUUUUGUGGGUUUUGGUUUGUUCACUUCCAAGUUUCCUAGGCACUCUGAUUCCAUUCCUUAACUUCAUUUAACUCGAACUCGAAACAAGACUGUAAACAACCCAUCAAAGCCCUUGUUUCACAAUUUUUAACCCAAAAAAAUGGUUGUUUUAGCAUCAGAUUGUGUUGGGAUUCAUAACUUUGCUGAUGUUUUUGGUCCAAUAUCAGUGCAACGACCCUCAAUUGAUCCUUAUUUUUGCGAUUCCAAGGACUCGAAUUACCCUCAAAUAGAAAAUGGAAUAUAUGAAAUUUCGUCUUUGGAUCUUAACAAAAAGUCAUCAUGUGUUGUUGGGGUUAAGGAUUUUGAAGUGCUUAGAGUUGUGGGCAAGGGCUCUUUUGGGAAAGUUUAUCAAGUUAGGAAGAGAUCAUCUGAUGAGAUUUACGCAACGAAGGUGAUUGCAAAGGACAAGAUAAUCCAAAAGAACCAUGUCGAAUACAUCAAAUCCGAGAGGGAGAUACUAAUGAAAAUUGAUCAUCCUUUUAUUGUUAAGCUAAACUACACAUUUCAGACAAAAUAUAGGCUGUAUUUUGUGCUAGAUUUUGUCAAUGGCGGUCAGCUGUUCUUUCAGCUCCUUCAACAUGGUUUAUUCAGGGAAGAUUUGGCUCGAGUUUACGCAGCUGAGAUAGUUUCUGCAGUUGCUUACUUACAUGAUAAUGGCAUCAUGCAUCGGGAUCUUAAGCCAGAGAACAUUCUAUUAGGCGCAGAUGGCCAUAUAAUGUUGACGGACUUUGGUCUAGCAAAACAAUUCGACGACACAACAAGAUCAAACUCUUUGUGCGGAACAACAGAGUACAUGGCUCCUGAAAUUAUACUUGGCAAAGGCCAUAAUAAGGCUGCGGAUUGGUGGAGCGUUGGGAUUCUCUUAUAUGAGAUGCUCAUUGGCAAGCUACCUUUCAGUGGUGGAAGCAGUUUCAGAUUACAGCAGAAAAUAAUCAAAGACAAGAUCAAGUUACCUACUUUUUUAUCAAGUGAAGCACAUUCUCUAAUAAAAGGACUGCUAACGAAAGACCCGAGCAAGCGGCUAGGAAGCGGGCCUCAAGGGGAAGAUGAGAUAAGAAGCCAUAAAUGGUUCAAGUGCAUCAAUUGGAAGAAGUUAGAAAAGAAACAAAUUCAACCAAGCUUUAAACCAGUUGUUGGUGAGAAAGAUUGUGUUCUUAAUAUUGCAGAGGAAUGGACCAAAAUGUCUUUGGUCGAUUCGCCGGCUACCAGUCCAAGAUCAAGGGAGGAGAGUGAAAAUCUCUUCAAAGAGUUUGGUGAAUUUCUUUGAGAUCACUUAAUGAACCUCUCCUAGAGAGAAUUGGGAAGUGUUAAUAAAUGUUGAAUUAAACAUUUGUGACCAAAAGUUUGGAUAUAAAUAAAGCUAUUAGCAAAAUCCUUUCAAGUUUUGUUGCACAAAUACUAGAACUUAUGUCUGGUUUAAAACAAAUCAUCACAUUUACGCUUUUCGUAAUCA